AACGUGUCCAAAAAACAUCACCCUACUUAACAACAUAUCUAUCUAUCAAUGGUUUGAAACAAACAAAUGAAGAAUGUGAUAGAUAACAAUUAGAAUCAAUUAUACGCUCUAUGGAUAAAAAGUGGGGUGCAAGUGUUGUGGUUUUGGUUUUGUUGAGCUUCUCUUCUAUUAUUAUUUUUGUUGGCAAUGCCAAUGGAGCCAGUAAUACAGUUGAUGAUGGAGGAGAGCAGAGCAAGAAAUCGGCUAUGUGGGUGUGGCAGAGACUGAGAAGUGCAUAUUCCAUGUAUUAUUCAUCAAUAUUCCCAACAACUAUUGGACAAUAUUGGCACAUGGUUAAGACCAUUGUGAAUCACACUUAUGCCUAUUUCUUUCCUCCAAAUAUAGAUUUUAGAAGAGGAGAUGAGGCUGAAUUAGCAGUGGCAAGUAACAAUGGAGCAGGGGAGAAGGUGAAAGAAGCUUUUUCCAAAAGUCUAGGAACAAGCAAAGCUACGUUAGAGGAUGCUGCAAAAUCAGCAGCAGAGAAGGUCAAGAGGACUUUAUCUGAUAAGGAAGAAAAGAAACGUCCAAAAGAGCUCUGAUUCUAUAUUAAAACAAUGUUUUGUUUUGUUUUGUUUUGUUUUGUUUUG